AUGGAAAUCAUUGAUAUCGAGCCGUCGGUGCCAUCGAGUAGUGAUUGUCUUGAAUACGACGCCGAGUGGUUGGCUAUACUUAAGUCGACCGACAAGUUGUCGAGUAUUGAUAGGAAGUGUUCAGUGCCCGCCAUGUGGUCCACUCUUCAUAAGGUGACCGAAAGUGAUAUAAAUGGUGUCAAACAACUCUUUGAUAACGAUUUAAAGAUUCCCCAAAACUUUGAAGUGUCGGAACCGGCGCUCCAAGAGAGUGAUAGUGACCCACAAAGGCUUCGUAAUUACACUAAUCCACGAACCGUUGAGUUUUGCAAAAGAUUGGGCAUAACUGAUCCCAUGGCAGCCAUUAUUGAGUCAUUGAAACCAUUGCCAAAUCCGGACCAGAUUUCCAUAAGUGAUGAUGAAGAAGAUGAAGACGAAGAACAGACUCUUUAUGGCACGAGUGAUGACAACCCUCUUAAACGCCAUAAACCGGAGGACACUAUAGAUGGCGGAGAUUUGUUCUUCGUUGACAAGGGAACAGAACUACCAAAAGGUGAUAAUAUGGAUGAAAUUAAAGCACAAAAUAUGAACACAAAUAAUGAGAGCAAUGAAUCCAAUACUCCGAUCGCAUCACUAAAAGAAGAAAACUUAACGAAACGACAGCUAAAGAGAAGAGCAGACAAAUUGAAACGAAAGACAGAAUUGAGACAAUUGGAGAAAUUGGACACAAAUCAUAGGAAAGACACCAAAACUGAAAUCAAUAAAUACACGAAGAAAAUGGUCACUAAAAAGAGACUUCAAUCGAGAAGAGAAAUGAUUAUUUCUAGACUAGAGUGGGCUAAGGCUAAUCUGCCGAUGAAGAGUCCACACGAAGACAUUGAUGUCAUAACAUUAGACCAAUUGUCACACAAGAGAGAGUCUAUUAUUUAA